AUGGGCAUCGCCAACUCAAUCAUCAGCAGGGCCUUUCGAAAGGAUCCCCGCAAGUGUCUUCUUUGCUCUCUACGGGGUCGCGCUUUCACCAUCCCGGAUCUGCAGGCCACCUUUGCUCAUUGGCCCCAAAGGAUCAAUCCCGAGGUCGACCGUCUUGCAGAUGCCGUUGGUGAAAGGCUAGAUCUGUACUUCCCACGGGGAAAAAUUGGGCUCAAGAUGCAGGAAGCAGGGGUGUUUGCGUGGGAUGACGGUAACGAUGCCCCCAUAUCCUUGAUCGAGUCGUGA